AUGAGUCUCCAGCCUUGCUCGGAAUUCAACGAAACUUUCCAAACCGCUGGUGUUGCAAUAUCUGACCCCUUACUGCCCUCAUUCACGACAAACAGACUCGAGGCAAAAGGCCUCCACGCCAAGCCAACUCCUGAACCGUCGAGAGGCAUUGCACCUCGGUCCAACCCAUCUACGGGACAGACUGGCGCUCUUCACAGUCCAGGUCAUUCGAGAAAGAGCGAGGUCAACAGCCUCGGGUCAAGUCGUCGGGCCGCCGGAGUGACGAGUGCUUCUGUCUCUGGCUGGCUAUAG